AAAGUCCCUGAGGCGGAGCGAGGCGGCUCCGAGGAAUCGCGGAGGAAGUGAAGCCUAUCCCGCCACUCUUCAGACCGGCCCUCCACCUCGGCCACCGUCACCACAGAGCUGAAGGAGGCCUAGAGAGCCGCGCGUGCCGCGCCACCGAGACCGGAAGGAGGCGGCACAGACCUGGAGGACGACCGCGGAGCUGAGCGCUUAGAGCCGCCGAACCAUAGAGAUCGGAAAUAGGAGCGAGCGGCAGCGCCGGAAAGGAGGCCAAGAGCGCGGGCGGCGAGGCAAGAUGGCGGCAACCAAGAGGAAACGGCGUGGAGGCUUUGCAGUUCAGGCGAAGAAGCCAAAAAGGAACGAAAAAGAUGCAGAGCCGCCAGCUAAGCGGCACGCCACAGCAGAGGAGGUGGAGGAAGAAGAGAGGAACCGGAUCCCAGGCCCCGUUUGCAAGGGAAAGUGGAAAAAUAAGGAACGGAUUCUCAUCUUUUCUUCCAGAGGAAUAAAUUUUAGAACAAGACAUUUAAUGCAGGACUUGAGAAUGUUGAUGCCUCAUUCUAAAGCAGAUACUAAAAUGGAUCGUAAGGAUAAGCUAUUUGUGAUUAACGAGGUUUGUGAAAUGAAGAACUGUAAUAAAUGCAUCUAUUUUGAAGCUAAGAAAAAACAGGAUCUGUAUAUGUGGCUUUCAAAUUCACCUCACGGACCAUCUGCUAAAUUCCUUGUUCAAAAUAUUCAUACCCUCGCUGAACUAAAGAUGACUGGAAACUGUUUGAAAGGUUCUCGGCCCCUUUUGUCUUUUGACCCUGCUUUUGAUGAAUUACCACAUUAUGCUUUGUUAAAAGAACUCUUAAUUCAGAUCUUUAGUACACCACGGUAUCAUCCCAAAAGCCAACCAUUUGUGGACCACGUAUUUACUUUCACCAUUUUGGAUAAUAGGAUAUGGUUUCGGAACUUUCAGAUCAUAGAAGAAGAUGCUGCUCUUGUAGAAAUAGGACCUCGUUUUGUCUUAAAUCUCAUAAAGAUUUUCCAGGGAAGUUUUGGAGGACCAACUUUAUAUGAAAAUCCUCACUACCAGUCACCAAACAUGCAUCGGCGUGUCAUAAGAUCCAUCACAGCUGCAAAAUACAGAGAGAAACAGCAAGUGAAAGAUGUGCAAAAACUGAGAAAGAAAGAGCCAAAGACUCUUCUUCCACAUGAUCCCACUGCAGACGUUUUUGUCACACCAGCUGAGGAGAAACCAAUAGAAAUACAGUGGGUAAAACCAGAGCCAAAAGUUGAUUUGAAAGCAAGAAAGAAACGGAUUUACAAAAGGCAAAGAAAAAUGAAACAGAGGAUGGACAGUGGGAAAACAAAAUAAGUCAAUGGAAACCUGAUUUGUUUUUCAGUUACUUUAUAUUUAUUUUGUAUUCAAUGUGUAAAUAUUUUUAUUAUCUAAUACUAUCUUACGUCUAAUUAGUGUAGCAUUUACAAGAAAGAAAAAUUAAGACCUUAAAAUCAGUGAUUAUCUUUUUCUGAAUAAAAUAUCACCAGAAUUCAUCAGUUAA